AUGAAACGUCCGGUUGCUCCAUUGUCUACGGUUCGUGCAGAUCCGCCAUCUUCCCCACGAUAUCCGCCACCCGUUACCACUCCAACUGCCGGUGCCCAGAGGCGUAUCGCCAUUGCCGUGGAUCUUAGUGAUGAGAGCGCCUUUGCUGUCCAAUGGGCUGUUCAAAACUAUCUUCGGCCCGGUGAUGCAGUCAUCUUGGUCCAUAUCCAACUCACUUCCAUUCUAUAUGGUGCAGAUUGGGGCCAUGCAAUGGAUACCGAGAAUCCAUGCAAAGAAACACCUUCGAAAGAAACACGUCAAAAACUUGAAGACGAUUUUGAUAACUUCACGACCGCGAAAGCCAAUAUGUUGUCCGAACCAUUAGUGGAAGCUAAUAUACCAUUUAAGAUUCAUAUUGUGAAAGAUCAUGACAUGAAAGAGCGUCUUUGUUUGGAAGUCGAGAGGCUUGGAUUUAGUGUUAUGAUCAUGGGAAGCCGAGGGUUCGGGGCGACAAAACGUAGGGGUAAAGGGAGGCUUGGAAGUGUUAGUGAUUAUUGUGUACGUCAUUGUGUUUGUCCUGUGGUUGUGGUUCGGUAUUCUGAUGAGGAUGAUCAGGGUGGGGAGGAUAGUGCGAAAAAGGUUGGGGCGGAUGAGAUCGCGCUCCGUCGUGCAGAGGAGGAGGCAGAGUUCCAUGAUGCUAAAGAUCAUCAUCCUAAAGGUACCUAAGCCAUGUUGCCCUCCUGUCUAUCCUGGAUGAGAAAAUGAUGGUUACAUUGUGAUCAUCAUAUUUUAUGAUAUGGUUAA